UCCUGAUGAUAUCUCCCAAGGGUAACAUAUAAAGCGUGAAGAGUAGCGGCCCUAGUACUGAGCCUUGAGGUACUCCACACAGUGUCCCCUUAGAAAGUUAGAAACUUAGUUUGUGUUCAGUCUCAAGUGUGUUUCAUUCCACCAAGAAACCUUUGGUCACAAAGAAUCAAGUUUUGCAACCUAAUGCAAUGUUUCUCCGAGAAAUGCAGAACUUUUGCAAUCAAAAGCAAAGUUUCUUAGGUGAAUGUUCAACUUUUCCGUUGACUCUCUGAUCUGGCUCAUAUCUACACACUGCAAACAGAAAUGCAAGGGGGUAAAAAUAUUUUCUUUCUCAAAACACUUAAGUUUUGAUUUCUAAUUGAACAAAUGAUUUCACACAUGAUAACUGGGUGUAGGUCAUUAGUAAACGAGUGUGGAAUUUAAAUGGCUAUAUUUCCCAAAUGAAACAAGAUUUCUUAGUUUUGAUUGUAAUGUAGAGAACUUAGUUUAGAGUUUUGCAAAACGUUUAUUUGCAAUUUCCUCAAGUUUAAGCAGUAAAAAGAAAUGUCAUUUGUAAGUUGCAGUUGUUCCUUUUUACUCUGCAGAUUAAAUAUUUGCACAAGGAAGACUACCUCAUUGCAAUUCUUGCAAAUAUGCAACUGCAUUUAAGUAAAUACUCCAUACAGCAAGUCACAAAUAAACACUUCUGAAUGUCCGUGUUUGUCAAUGAUUACUAUAUACUUCGCCAAGUAUUACAUUUAUCAUGUGUGAUACAAAUUUUCUACUUCAUGUCUCAUACGACUGUUAUUUUUUUUCUUUGCACUGUGGUUUUUCAGAGAAACAGUUUGAUUUCUUUUUUGAUUGCAGCAGAAAGGAAACAAAACCACAAAAACCACACAGUUGGAAAGUCAGAAAAUGGACUUAUGGUGUAAAGGACACUAGUAAACAAAACAAAAUUGUUCUGCUGGUGGGAGAAACUGGCGCUGGCAAGACAACUCUCAUCAACACCAUGGUCAACUACAUACUGGAUGUGAAGUUUGAUGAUGAAAUAUGGUAUGAAAUCACAGAAGAAGAAGCCAGAGACCAGUCAGAAUCACAAACCUCUGAAAUCACCAUGUAUGAGGUCUUUUCUGUAAAGAAUCAUGUAUCUCUCACCGUCAUUGAUACUCCAGGCUAUGGAGACACUAGAGGACUAGAAAAGGAUAUGGAAGUUGCUGAGAAUUUGGCCGUUAUGUUUCAGAGCAAUGAUGGAGUUCGUGAAAUUGACGCCAUGUGUUUUGUGAUUCAGGCAUCAAAGAAUCGUCUUUCAGACAGACAGCAUUACAUUAUCAGUUCAGUACUGUCUUUGUUUGGAAAAGACAUUGUGAACAACAUUAUGUUUUUAAUAACACAUGCUGAUGGUAUGGAACCCAAAAAUGUAAUUGGUGCCAUUAAUAAAGCUAGAAUCCCCUGCAGACGAGACAAAAGUGGCCAACCUGUUUAUUUCUUAUUCAACAAUCGACAAGCUGAUGCCCGUCACACCGAGAGACGUUACAGUCGUGCUCAAAGAGGAGCUUGGGAAGACAGCAUGGACGAUAUGAAGCAUUUCCUUCAGUCUCUGGACAAAAAGAACAGAAGAAGUUUAGAGUUGACUUCAAAUGUCUUGAUUGAGCGAAUUCGAUUUGAAGCAUACAUCUGCAACUUACAGUUGCAAAUUCAAGAGAUGGAGAUGAAAAAGGCUGAAAAAGUUCAGAUUCAAGAGGCAAUAAUGCAAAACAAGGAAAAGAUUGAAGAAUGUAAAAACUUUACCUUUAAAUUAAAAAAGACCUUGAAAUUGAAGGUGCCCACUGAAAGUGCAUCAUGGAAGAACAGGAAGGCGACGACCUGCACCUUCUGUGAGGAGAACUGCCAUGAGUUUGGCUGCUGGUGGGCUUCUGAUCCCAGCAAAUGUGAAGUCAUGAAAAACGGCUUCUGCACUGUGUGCACAGGGAAGUGUCAUCACAGCCAACAUGUAAAAAAAACCCAUAAAUACAUCAUCAAAAACUCCAGCAUAAAGGUAGAAUUUGACAACUUCUUGAAGAAUUUUGAAAAAGCUGAAAAGAAUUCCAAGUCGUUUUCAGGUAUAAAGGAAAGACUUGACAAAGAUCUGCUUGAGAUUGAGGACCAGAUUUCUAUUCUUCUGUUCAAUGCUUACAGGACCAUCAAGCAUCUGUCUCAGAUUGCAUUAAAACCAGACUCUGCUUUCACUCUUAAACAUCUCAACUUCUUCAUCCCCAGAGUGAAGGAGGCUGGGAAAGAAAACUGGGUCCGAGAGCUGGAGGAAAUGAGGACGAAUGCUGUAGCUGAAGAAUCCAAUAAAGAUGCUCUGAGUUAUCUUCAACAAGGUCUGGAAAAUCUUUCAGUCUGCAAUGACAAAGUGCAGACAGGACAGCUGAUAAAUCAAUAACAAUGAAGAAAAGUCCUCACAAUGAGAAAGAAUGCAUGUUACUCUUUGUAGAUCUGAAGAUAAUGUUCAUUUAACUGCUGUCAAAUUCAUUUUCAUCCCUGUUUUUAGUGUUUAUGGCUUUUGACAUUUUAAUCUCCUGUUCUUUCAUGUACUGUGAUUACACUGUAGACUGUGAUGAGCGGGGACCGUUGGAGUGAAAGU